CAGCGGAUGGACUGCGCGGGGCAGGCAGCGCGGUAGGGACCGAUGCGCUCGCAGUGAUUGCGUGUGCGUGCGUGCGUGUGUGCUGCGCACCGUGACACCCACCCGCGAGGAGAGCCUGGAAGAAGGAGAACCCCUGCAUCCAAAAUGCCACGCUCCUUCCUGGUCAAGAAGCAUUUCAAUUCAUCCAAGAAGCCCAAUUACAGCGAGCUGGACACUCAUACAGUGAUUAUAUCCCCAUACCUGUAUGAAAGCUAUCCAGUCCCUAUCAUACCACAGCCAGAGAUCCUGAGCUCAGUAGCUUACAAUCCGAUUACCGUGUGGACUACAACCGGGCUGCUACCGUCUCCAUUACCCAGCGACCUCUCUCCGCUUUCUGGAUACCCCUCAUCUUUGGGAAGAGUCAGCCCACCUCCACCGUCUGACACCUCCUCCAAAGAUCACAGUGGUUCAGAAAGUCCCAUUAGUGAUGAAGAAGAGAGAAUCCAGUCCAAGCUUUCAGACCCCCAUGCAAUCGAAGCCGAAAAGUUUCAGUGCAGUUUAUGUAACAAGACCUAUUCAACUUUCUCUGGGUUGGCCAAACAUAAGCAGCUGCACUGUGAUGCCCAGUCUAGGAAAUCGUUCAGCUGCAAGUACUGUGACAAGGAGUAUGUCAGCCUGGGAGCGCUUAAGAUGCACAUCAGGACCCACACACUACCUUGUGUCUGCAAGAUCUGCGGAAAGGCUUUCUCUAGACCCUGGCUACUUCAAGGACACAUUAGAACUCACACUGGAGAGAAGCCGUUUUCCUGUCCUCAUUGCAACAGGGCUUUUGCAGACAGAUCCAAUCUGAGGGCUCAUCUGCAGACCCACUCAGAUGUGAAGAAAUACCAGUGCAAAAAUUGCUCCAAAACUUUCUCCAGAAUGUCUCUUCUGCACAAACAUGAGGAAUCUGGCUGCUGUGUAGCACACUGAGUCAUGCAGUCAAUGUUUACCUGGACUCGAUGCAUUUCUCCACUCCUGUUCCAAAUGAUAAGUGGAAAUCCAAAGGCGUUUUCUCGUCUACUUUUCAGCCAAAAAAA